AUGUAGAGUAUUGAAUAUCAUCCAAUUACUAAACUCAUUUUAAAUGGGGACACAAGCCCUAUUAAUGAAGAUGAUUAAAAAUUUAACCCCCCACUAAAAAGGUUCUCCAAUCAUAGCAUAGCACAUGAAAUUUCUAAAAACAAAACACAAAAAAGAAAAAGAAGCAUUCAGAUGUUCACCGACGAACUGAUUACAUGGAAUAAUUAUUUGCAUCACAAAUUUUAACACUCAGAUCAAGUAUCUCAUGGAAAUGGUAUGAUCAUAUGA